AUGGGUUUACGCAAGUCCUUUCCCAAGGAACGCAAUUACGAAUUCUGGAAUAUCAUGAUGUGUUCCUUGAUCCAAAGUGACCGGACGCAGGCGGACAAGGAUAGAAAUCUCUUUGGCACUCUGGCAUUCCGCAUGAUCUCCAAAGCCGCCGAGACGAUACCGACCGACCAGGAACAAGUCCUUGUGCCCGAAAAAGCUAUAUCAACACCCGAAGAGGUGGCACUCCUCUCACAGAUUUUCAAUUCCAAUGGACAAGCAGCACAGACAGUGAAACUGCUUCAAAGCGAAACCUUGAAUGUGGAAUCAAAGGUCGGCAAACAGGAUCCCCAGCUCAUCCUUUCCUUACUCCUAGAUGCAUUCGAAGCAUCCGAGCAGUGGGAGGAAGCCCGCUCGUUCUGCCACCAACUGUUGUCGUCCAAGCCUGAAUCGCAAUCUGACGACCGCGUGUGGGCUCUCUGGCUCAAGGCAAGGACGAAGCUGGAUGUUUCAGACGACCAGGAUCAAUCCUACGAAGAACUCCUCGAGUCAGCAUGCUCAGUGCGACCGAUAUCACGAGCAUCAUAUAUCGCCAAGCUACAAUACCUCCAGACGAAAGACGACGACAAGUCACUAGACGCCAUCGUGAAGACCUGUGAGGAAUAUGCGGACGCCUUUUCCACAAAAGCGUUCUGCUUCGAUGACCUGAAGGGCCCACUACGUCGUCUGAAUGAAACCCAAAUACAGUCCUUCCGUGACGCGCGUGCAGCCGCAGCCGAGCAAAACACACUGGAGCGACUGUUCGCUCUCGAGCUCGAGUACAGUCUGUUACCAGAUGCGAGCAAAACAUCAGACCUAGUCGACUUCGCUGCUCGAGCUCUAAAGCUCUACCACAUCUCGUCGUCCGAAGGCUCUUCGCAGCCCUGUCCAGAAGCGGCCUUCCUAGCAGUGCUCGCAAUCCUACGUCUCGGAACCAUGAAUACAAGUGGUGCGGGUGGGAAAGCCACAGACGAGAAACAGCAGCCGAUCGACCACGACCACGUGCUACGUGCAAUCAUUCUACUCGAAACCGUCCGCUCCUCCUUCGAAGACUACUACCAACUGACCGUAGUCCUCAUCCGCCUCCAAGCAUAUCUGGGGCUCCUGUCAUCCGCCAUGACGACCUUCACAAAACUCAGCGUCAAGAACAUGCAAUACGAGACGGUCGCGCAUCUGAUCCUGACACGCAUAUCGUCGUUACAUCCCUCGCCUAUCACCAUCCCCUCCACAUCUUCAACGACCAGCAGCAGCGGAGGAGGAGGAGGCGCCGUUUUCGACCCACUCACGGCGAUCGAAACCGGCCUGACCGUCCUCGAGAACGCCGACGGCGCCCUCGUCCGCGGCAUCCGUGAAGGCCUGCGCUUCAACAGCUACUCCAACAUCCACAACAGCGUCGACAUGCGCCUGCAGCUGCACAACAGCGCGAGCCGCCGCGUCUACGCAGUUGAGGAGCGAAAACUGCGGCGUCUUAGGGGCAUCGCGGACGAUCACACCGUGCUUGAGUCCGAGGAGGACGGUCAGGGCGGUGGAGACAAGAACGCGGCGGAGUCAGCGACGGCGGCGACAACCGCGACCACGACGUGGUCCGAACUGGCGGAUAAUCGCGACUUCAGCUAUUUCCCACACUUCCGCGACGAUGAUGUCGAGCUCGUGCAGACGCGCUUCCGGUGUGGGCCGUUGCCGCGGGGGGAGUGGGUGCGCUGCAUGGCGCUGCUGGACCAUGUGGUCACGUUCUUCCGCGCCGAGUUGACGGGUCAGGUGGCUGGUGCGGCGGUCGGGAGUAAAGCGCUCGAGCAUGUCAAAUCGCUUGUCGGGCGGGAGGAGACGAACCGCGGGAAAGGAGAUGAAGAAGACGGUCUGACGAGUGCGGAGCGCUGGAACCUCGAGUGCCACACUCUCCUAGCGAAAGCGGCGCUCUUGCUUGCUGAUUCAUUCUCUUCAUCGGCGCCUGAGGAUGACGACAUAGCCAGCGUGCUCGGUCGGCUCAAAGACUGGCUACAGAAGACGAUCAGCUCACAGAACCAGACGACCACGACGACAGCGACCGUCACUGGGAUCCAAAUCUACACGUGGCAGGCCUUGCACACAAGCAUCAGCACUCUCGAAACACUGCAGGCCGUCGCACUGCUCCUGGGGAUUCUGAACAAGAAGGCCAAGUCCGGAAAGGGCAAGGCUAGUAUUCCGAAGCCGGCGCUCGUGGAGAUUCAGGACUUGGUUGGCCAGUUGGAAGGGGAGAUCCAUGGGGCGGUCAGAGCGGUAAGAGAUGAGAUUAAUCGGGCUGGUGUGUUGGGGAGGUUGGUGGAUUUGGGGUUCGCGAGAGUGGGUGAUGACGGGGAGGGUGCUGAUGGUGGAUUGGGUGCCUUGGGCGAGGUUCUGGAGUUGGUGAGUGAUGAGGUUCAGAUGGAAACGAUUUGUGGGAGGAUCAAGGAUAGUUGGGAAGAUGCGUUGGACGGGGUUCUGACUGUGAAGGUCAAGUUAUGGAAGUGA